UCUCCAACGAAAAUGACUUCGACAAUGGCGUCUCUCUCUCUUCUAGCUCUCAAUUCAAUUUACAAAAUUCAAACCCCCAAUUAGAUUCAUCUCUUUCGUAGAUUCAAAGCAUUCUUCCUUGAUUUAACACCUCAUUCUCAUGUUAGUUCAACCCACCGCCAUCAUCGAUUCCACUCCCCAACCACUCAUCUUCUUCAACAACCAUCAAAUUCAUCUGUAAAUAGUUCAAACAUCCAAAUUCAUCUCAGAUAUAGAGAUUGGUCAAGUGGGCAGGAGUUAAUUUGAGAAAAAAAAAAACAAUGAAGCUGCAGGCGUUGCAGCAGAGCUAUGCAAAUCGGGGACGAAGCAACAGUUUCAGAGGUCCAUCGGCGUUAGAUUCGUCGGUAGAUGGAGGCACCACCGCCGCCGUUAAAUCGCCGGCGAGUAUCUUUUGGUUGAUCCUUCACUGUUUCUGCUGUCUCAUUAGUCUUGUCCUUGGAUUUAGGUUCUCUCGUCUUGUCUUCUUCCUCCUCUUCUCAACAUCUUCCAUUAAUAACCUCUAUACCUCCACAACGACGUCGUUUGGAACCGCCUCCGAUAUUGCCGAAACCCUGUCCUUUACCUCUUCCAAUCGCAACCUCUCGCCGCUGGUGGUUAAUAACACCUCUACUGUUGCAACUACUAGCAGAGUGGUGGUCGGCCGGCAUGGGAUCCGAAUCCGGCCGUGGCCACAUCCUGACCUGAAGGAAGUGAUGAAAGCUCAUAAGAUAAUUGAAGCUGUUCAGAGAGAACAAAGGGUUCAAUAUGGAAUCAAAAACCCUAAAACUCUGAUUGCCAUAACUCCGACCUAUGUUCGAACUUUUCAAGCUCUACACCUAACUGGAUUGAUGCACACUUUGAUGAAUUUGCCCUACGAUGUGGUGUGGAUCGUGGUGGAAGCCGGCGGCGCCACCAAUGAAACCGCCGCGUUGCUGGCGAAAUCAAAGCUUCAAAUCAAGCACAUUGGAUUCGAGAAGAAGAUCCCCAUUUUCUGGGAAGCUCGACACAAGAUAGAAUCCCAGAUGCGAUUGCAAGCCUUGAGAGUUGUGAGAGAAGAGAAGCUAGAUGGGAUUGUAAUGUUUGCUGAUGAUAGCAAUAUGCAUAGUUUGGAACUCUUUGAUGAUAUCCAAAAAGUUGAAUGGAUCGGUGCAAUUUCAGUUGGGAUUCUUGCUCAUUCGACUCAUUCUGAUGAUGAUCCAUUUGAGGUUCAGAAAACCAUGGAUGAAAAAGAUGAUAAGAAAUCAGAAUCACCAUUGCCGGUCCAAGGUCCAGCUUGUAAUUCAUCUGAUCAGUUAAUCGGGUGGCAUACAUUUAAUUCUCGUGUAUACAAAGGAAAACAUGCGAAUUAUAUUGGUGAUAUGGCAAUUGUGUUGCCAAGAAAGCUGGAGUGGUCGGGGUUUGUGAUGAACUCGAGGUUGGUAUGGAAAGAAGCUGAAUUUAGGCCAGAUUGGAUCAAGGAUUUGGAUAUGGUGGUUGCAGGGGAUGGAAAUGAUGAUAUUGAGAGUCCACUUUCUUUGCUUAAAGACUCUUCUAUGGUGGAACCGCUUGGUAGUUGUGGGAAGAAAGUGAUGUUAUGGUGGCUACGGGCUGAGGCUCGUGCGGAUAGUAAAUUCCCGGCCGGAUGGACCAUUGAUCCUCCGUUAGAGGUUACCAUCCCAGCAAAACGAACCCCAUGGCCUGAUGCUCCACUGGAACUCCCAUCUAACGUAGGGAAAACGACCAUCGUCACCCAAGACAACACCACCGAGAAACGUGCAACAAAAACUCGAACGCCAAGAACAAAACGCACGUCUCGUGGGAAAAGAAAACGGGAAUCAAGAAACGCGGAUGCACGCAGGAAUUCCGGAGAAAGGAUCGAAAACUAGAAAAAUGGUGGGAGGGAGGAACUGAAGAAAUGUUUAAUAGAAAGUAAGUAAAUAGAAGAAAGUGUUUUCCGUUGGAAUUCUUUUUAGUUGUACUUUGUGUUAUGUGCAUGGGUUGGGUGGAUUAAUAUUCAGAAAGGGACAAACAUGUAUAAGUUUUUGCCCCUUAUACAAAUCCCAAAAUGGAAUUUAAAGAAACACUAUUUGGCAUUUACCAAACGCCGCUUAUCAGUAAAAGUCAUUAUCCUCACUUACCUUAUCAGGUAUAUUCUCGGCCAUUUCACGUC